CUUAGCUACGUCAGUUGCAACAUCGGUAUGUGAGGAAAAAGCACACAAAAUAAACCUACAGGGAAAAAUUUUUCUUGCUUUUUAUUUAUUAUUUACACAUGAACAUGUUCUCGGAGCGAGCCCAGGUGAUACGGGAGCAAGCAAAAAAAUGGUCUCUGCAGGGAGAUUCUCAGCUUUUGGAGUAUAUGAAGGAAAUUUCGAAGAAUUUGGAGAGUUUAGCACGUCACACUGACUUGAGGAUUAACCGGAUGUGCCUUAGUGGGCAGGAAGUUAAUGUGGCAUUGGGUAAUGUAACCAAUUGCCUCCUUGCGCUGCAACAUACACAGUUUGUGGAGAAUCGCGUACAUGAUGAGGAUGAAGAUGAGAAUGUUGCUGCUCCUGACAAGGCAAGAAAGGAUGAAGCAGACACCAAACAAAUGUCACCAAUGACAACUCUCAACACCCUCCUGGGUAAUUCCGUGAAAUGCCUCAACAAUUGCUACGAAAGAGUUGAUGUGGAGCUCGAUGAAGAUAGUGCAGAUGAGGAUGAUGAACCCACGAGGAGUGUUGUCUUUCGUCCAAGAGAUCCCUACAGGCAUCGACCACUUCCGUAUGUAAUUGGCUCCAAGGAAUUCAAGGAAAAAUGGCAUGUGGGGCUCGUUGAUUCGGAAUCAGACACAGAGAAUGAAGAUGCCCAAUUUUCCGAAGGAGCUUCCGAGUCUGAAAUGUCUGUAUCACUGCCCAACAGUGCUGGAGACUCGGAGGGAGAAUCUGACUACGCUUGUCAAGGAACAAGUAAUGCUGCUGCUUACAAGAGUGAUGAUGAGCAGCCGACGAAUGUUCCUCAGGAGCGAGCUUACUUCCAACCACCGAAAAUUACUCCUCAUGGGCCUCCUCCACAAAUAGAAGAUACUCCCCCUAAUUUGUUCUCAGAUUCACCACCACCGGAAAUUCCGGGAUUAUCAAAAGUCACGGGACUCUUUAAUGACCUCGAAGAAGAUGAUUUUGAUGCUCCAGCCCCAAAAUUGGACACCAAAUCAACAUUCUUCCGACAGCAGCAUGAUCAUCAUAAAGCCGUCAAUCUUUUUGAUGAUGAACCACCAGAAUUUGAAGCUCCUCCACAUGACAAUUCUCGUCAAUCUGGACCGUCUGGGUUGUAUUUUGAGUCAGAGAAUGAAGAUGAAUUCUUCGAUGUUCUAUCCCAGCCGCGGAAGCAAGUCCAGAAUACUUCAAAACCAAGUAGGACAGCUCCAAAUUUAUUCAACGAAGAGCCUCCUUUGGAUACUUUCACCGCGCCAAGUGGGCAAGAAGACAAAAAAAUAGAAAAGAAGACUCCUGUUAACUUGUUUAGUGAUAAUGAUGAUGCUUCAUUUCCUCAAGCUUCGAUUGCUGCCAAGAAGAAUGAUCAAACUGUCGUUGAGAAGAAACCUCCUACAACAGACAUCACAAAACUUAUCUCAUCAAAUCUCUUUGAUGAUGAUGAUGAACCCGAAGACUUUCUCGAGACACUCCUGAAGGGUGCACGAGCUAAAACAAAGCCACAGGAUACAAUAAAAACAGAUAAACCCCAUGAUGUGGUCAGAGAGGAAGUGCCCAAAGACACAAAAGAUCAAAAAGUAGCAGUUAAACCUCAAUUAAAAAGCAAAGGGAGUCUCUUUGGCGAUUCUGAUGAUGAAGAUAUAUUUAGUGGAAGUUCAAAGAGUGGAUUAUUCGGGAAGAAAGAAGUAAAAUCAGUCGAUCCUCCGGGUAAAGUACAGAAAAGUGAUUAUUUGUUAGAAAAAGAAAAAAAUGAUUAUCUGAAAGAGAGUGAAAAGACUCCAAAAGCAGCAGCUUUAACUGCUAAAGAAGACGUAGAAGAGAAAAUUGAAGUUCCUCCAGAGAAAGACGAGGAAAUACAACAUCAAGAAGUGCCUGAAGAUGACCCAAUUGGUAGUCAAAUAUUUGAAAAACCACAAAGUAUAUCAUCAGACAGCUUAUUCGAGGAAAAACUAGAGGAAAAACCCGAAGAAAAAGAUUUUGUUGAACCUACAAAGCGAACUUUAGCCAUUCCACCACCCGAUUUACCCAUCAUUCCACCGGAAGUUGAUGUGCCACCGUCACUAAAACCAACAAAUGUGCAACUUUUCGAUGAUCUUCCCCCUGAUGAUGAUUUAUUUUUCGAUCGAAAAGUUGUUUCCGAGAUAUUUUAUGAUGAUUUUGCUGAUAGUUUUCCCCCAAAUGCAAUUUCUGUGAAUUCAACGGGAAGUUCCUAUAUAUUUAAUGAGGAACCACCUGUUGAUGAUUGGCAAGAAGAGAGGCGAAAGACAGGGUCAAAGAGCGAAAUAGAUCAAACAAUCGUGAAAAAGAGCAAAGAAAAGGAAGAAAAUGUCUCAAAGGAAAGAAAAGAACAUAAUUUGGGGGAUGUCUCAUCAAAGAAAUCUCUUGAAAAUACAAAUUUCCUAAGGAGUGACAGCCGUGAUAGCAAAGAUGAACCGGAUGAGAUAUUUUCGAGUGUUAAAAACAUAAUUAAUACCCAUGAGAGAAUAGAAAAAGCUCCGGAAAAAACUCUUAACAAACCCAAAAUUAAACCAAAUAAAUUGAAUAAAACAAUGGAAAUCAAUGUAGCUGCUCUAUUGCCUGGAGCGAAGAUGCCAUCGUUCAAAAAUGUUCCUGAGACUUCUGCAAAUGCUGCAAAGAGACCUUCUGUGUCAGAAUCAAUUGAAGAUGAUAUUGAGGAACAAGUGGAAAAAGCUCUCACAAAAAUUAAUGAUAAAUCAAUUAAAAUCACCGAAGAAUCAGGAAGUCAUCUUACACAUCCAAAUAAGAAUCGAGUGAGGAUUUCACACAAAAGGAGACCAUCUACGAGAAAAGGUCGUCAUGAGACGUAUAGAAAAUCAUUGAUAAUUGAUGAUGAAGAGACGAAAGAUGAGAAUACUGCAUCGAAUGAAAAGGUUUCAGAAGAUCAAACUUUGGGGGAGACGUCUGGGAGCUUGCAUGAGGAGUUUGAUAUCAAGAAGAAUGAACCAAAAAUAGAUAAGAAGUUAUCAGUUAAAAAGACUAAAGAUUUUGCCAGAAAGACUGAUGAGAUUUCAUCCUCACAAGAUGAUUUCUUUAAAACUUCAGAAGUAUUAACAGAGGAUAAGAAAUCUGUAAGAAUAAAAGAAUCUUCUUCAGCUUCAAAGAGUCUGUUUGAGAGCGAUGAUGAAAGUGAAGGUGAUAUAUUUUCUUCGAAAAAACCAUCAGUUAUUCCCAAAUCUACGAGUGAACCAACAAAAAUUAAACCAGAAUCAACUUCUCUAUUUGGAGAUUCAGAUAUUGAUGAUGAUGAUCUGUUUGGUUCUCUUAGUAAAUUCAACAAGAGUGAGCGAGUUAAGACCACUGUGCCAAUCACAAAAGUUGAGAAGAAAAUUGAAAAGAAAAGCGCCGUCGGAGAUGAUCCUCUUGCUGAUCUCCUAUAGCAAAUUACGUAAGUCCAAAUAAAUUUUGUUGAGAGGAAAAAAUAUCACAAUUUCAAUUAUCUAUGUAAUGUACAUGGCAAGAGCAGAAAAGUCGGUGAAUUGAAAUCAUUUAUGAUUGUACCAAAAUUGAUGUACUUUGUGAGUCAAUAAAGAAGACACAUUUAACGCA